AUGUCUGAUGGCAACAGUGAUAAGAUUCAAAAUUAUGUGCACCAGGCUGUUAUUAUGAGAGAAACUAUUAGAAAGGAGUUGAAACACCAAAAAUUAUUCACUGAAUACAGUAUCAAUCCUUUUAAAAAAAUGUGUCCCUUGGCUGAUAAACCAAAUCAAAGACAAGAAGCUGAUGCUGAAGAUGAACACUUCGCGGAAGUUAUACAACGAGCUGCUUUGGAACCACCAAAGAAAUAUACUGAGCCUCAGACAGAAAAUCAGGAAUACGGUUGGAUAAGUCAGCCAUUAAUGGAAGUAGACAGGAGUGAUUCAAGGUUUUAUCAUCCUAAAAUUGCUUGUGAAAUGACUAAAUUUAUGGAUGCCUAUUGGAAAGUAAAUGAGCAACGUAAAUUGAAUUCGUAA